AUGGAUAGAACAGUUGGGCCUCACAAGAGGAGGAAGCUAUCCGCUUCUCAGGCUCCACCCUAUGUUCUACGUCAAUUGCUCGAUGAUGUCCCGAUAGAGCCUGAGAGCGGCGAAUCGGAUGUUCAUAUUACAUGUGUGGAAUAUUGGAAUGACAACCUGUACAUAGGCACCUCCGCGGCUGAGAUCCUACACUUCGUGUCGUUACCGUCUGAAUCUGGCGAUGAAGCCAAAAAGCCUACGUUCAUACUAGCAUCACGUUUACAAAUUACCGGCAAUCCGAAGAAGAAACAAGGAAUUCAGCAAAUUGUACUACUCCCCACCGCCAACAAAGCGUGUGUCUUGUGCAACGGGGUUGUCACCUUUUACUCGUUGCCUGAGUUGACUCCUGCUUUUGAAAACACCAAAGUGAACUGCCAAUGGAUUGGAGGUCUUGACUUGAACCGGAAUGAGAGUGAAAACCCGGCUGAUAAGCCGGUUAUCAUGAUCGCAACCUCGAGCCGUAUAAUGCUUGUUCGGAUCGGAGAUGCAGCGUACAAGGUUAGGAAUAUUGAAUUUCCAGGAUGUCUGGUUGGAGCGCGGCGGGAUACGAUCGCGUGUGUUGCCGACGGAAAUGCAUAUUCAUUGCUGGAAGUCGAACAACAACAAAAGAUUCCUCUUUUCCCUAUCUCUUCAACAAGUGAAGUCUUCGAGUCUGGACAUGUGGAGGAUAUCCCACAGUCACCAUCAAAUCUCAAACGCUCUUCGUCUGCGAGCUACGCCAAUUCAAAGAUUGACAGGAAGAGUGAACAUAGCAGAAGCACCAGUCUGAACACUUUGGCAGGGGCAUUAAGUGUUGACAGUGAUACCUUGCGGCCCAGCCCAAGCGAUCGCUCUAACACUUCAACACCCGGCCUCUCAGACAAUGAUAGGCCUCAGAGGUCUAUAUCAAGGGAUCGAUGCGACAUUGAUACGACGAAAGAUUUACCUACCACUCCGAAAAAUUCAGCGGAAGAUAAGCAGAAGCCGCUACCACCAGCUCCGAAAUUGGACAUUGCUCGCUUGAAACCACAUAUAGUCUCGCCAACGCCGUCGGAGUUCCUUUUAGUUACUGGUACCCAAGAAAGCGAGCCUGGAGUUGGAAUGUUCGUGAAUACAGAUGGCGAUGUCGUUAGAGGUACGAUGGAAUUUCAGCAAUACCCAGAAGCAAUCAUUAUAGAUGAUCCAAGCGAAUCAGAUCCUAGCUCUGGCGGUCCGGGCUUGUCUGAAGGGUAUGUCCUUGCAAUUAUAAACUUGAAGGAGGAAGAAACUGUCCAUAAGUAUCUUGAAAUACAACGAUGGGAUGUCGAACCAGGGGAGUAUGGACGUCAAAAAGCCCUGGUGCAGAUACCGGUACUGGACAAGUCGGGAAUUUCUCACGUCGGUAUCAAACAUACCACCAGUUCAAGUAAGCUCGGUUUCUAUGAGCUUGGAGAGACUCUUCGCAUGGUCAAGUUGAAAACUCCUCCUCUUGGAGGAACUUCUACCCCUGCUGAAGAGGCUGACCCCCGGACGAAUGCAACCAUAGAGCAGGUACGCAAGGAGAAAGAGCUCUUUGAGUCUCAGGAAUUGACAGACUCCGAGUCUGGUAGGAAGUCUGGGUCUCUGGAAACAUUGGAAAUGGAAAGGACCAAAGAGGAGUCUGCCUUUGCUCAUCGUCUUGAAUACAUCCAAAGUCACUUGGUCCUAUGGUCUGGGAAUAAGAUAUGGAGAGUCGCCAAGAAUCCAUUGCCUUUACAACUAGAGGGGCUUCUUCAGAGCGCGCAGACAUGGGAAAACGGUCGAUUUAAAUCAGUGGAUAGAGAUGCAGUCAUUGAUCUAUUGGAUUCGAUCAAAUCGACUGAAACUAAAACCGAAGCCGAGUUCCUCGGUGUGGAAUAUAUCAAACAGAAAGCUGGCUUGAUUCUUUUCGCAGACCUACUAACCAUGGACCCGAAUAGCAGAAGCGAAAGUACGAUGCGUGUCACUGAAGAAGUCCUCGUGAAUAGCAAUUUGGAUCCGCGUCUUAUUCUAUUCAUGGUGCCCUUUCUGGCAGAAGAGGUUCUCCAAGCAAAGCAAGGAAUCUGGGUUCAUCGAGGUCUAGCUCGCGAAGCGGAAUUCUACCUAGACCAUUUAUCCGAAACAAAAGCUAUGCCUGUAGUUCCUGAAGAAACGUUACUCAACAUGGUCAAGCGAUAUCUUACUGCUUGGCAAGGAAAAAGAGACUACGGCAGUGUAACAGAUGAAACGAACGUGUUUUAUAGUGUCGACGCAGCCCUGCUGCACUUGAUCUUGGAGCAAGAGGCGCGAGCCAGGAGAAUUUCACAGCCAGUGACAGCAGCUGCUCGCAGCGAAUUGAACGCAUUGGUGGAUUCCUGGAAGGGAAAUUUUGACCGUGCAGUGGCGCUAUUGGAGCGAUAUCGUCGGCUUUUCGUUCUGAGUCGGCUUUAUCAGAGCCGCAAAAUAUUUGGAAAAGUUCUCCGGACGUGGCAAAGAAUUGUCAACGGAGAGAAAGAGGAUGAUCCAGAUGUCACGGUUUCUGCAGUAGAGGUACACGUCAGAAGGUAUCUUUGCAAAUUACGAGACGCACAACUCGUUGAGGAAUAUGGAUCAUGGCUGGCAUCACGCAAUUCUAGCUUGGGUAUCCAAGUGUUCUCAGACGAUAGCGCAAAGGUCAAGUUAGAACCUGACAAGGUUGUACAACUAUUGAAGAAACGAGCGCCAAAUGCUGUUCAGGAUUACCUGGAGCAUCUUGUUUUUUCCAAAAACUAUACGCAAUAUGCGGACGAUCUCAUUGCAUACUAUCUCGACACAGUGAUUAAUGUUUUGCAAUCAUCUGAGGAAGCGCGCGCAUCUCUCAGAGACUCAUAUUCUACUUAUCGUGCUUUACGGCCGCCUAAACCUACUUAUCUAUCCUUUAUUAACGAGAACACGCCCCAAGAGAGCUGGUGGCAGUCACGUCUGCGACUUUUACAGCUGCUAGGCGGGCCAAGCACCGUGUUUACGUCUAGCGCGACUACCAGCAAAUUGUCAUACUCUGUUUCCGCCGUUCUCGCCCGGAUUGAGCCAUUCCAAGAUGAGCUGGUAUCUGAAAGCAUUAUUUUAGAUGGUCGUCAAGGGCGACACAAGGAAGCAUUACGACUUUUGACUCAUGGCCUGGGCGACUACGAUUCUGCAAUUCGAUACUGUAUAUUUGGAGGAAUUUCAAGCUCUCAGCCUGCAGCUAUUUCUCUACCUCCACCUUCGGGGGAUGUUGCAUAUACAGAGCCGGCCGUAUUGUUUAAAUGUCUUCUAUCGGAAUUUCUUCAAAUUGAGGAUGUAUCCGACCGAAUUGAGAGGACUAGUGAUUUACUAGCUCGUUUCUCGCGCUGGUUUGAUGUCAAUGAGGUGUUGGCUACAGUUCCUGACGAUUGGAGUGUUGAUAUUAUUAGUGAUUUUCUUGUGCAUGUCUUCCGGGACCUUGUCUCUCAGGGAAGAGAGACGCGGAUACAAAAGGCAUUGAGUGCUAGUCUCAACCUUCGUGUUAGUGUGGAAUAUUCGGAAGAUGUGGAAAAGCGCGGAGGUUGGAUUGAAGAUGAUCAGGGGUUGAGAAGUUCGAAGUCGGGUGUGGAAGCUCGCCAGAUAGAUGACGAUGCCGACGAGGACUUUGGCGAAAUGAUUGAUGCCAGGUGA